AUUCUAUUCUGCUGUUUUAGAAAACUGAGGUCCUCCUCUUCUGUUCUGUAAUUCAUUCGUUUCAACCAUUGGUUACAGAAGCAAAGGUUAUUAUGAGAUCUUAAAAAGAAACCUUUUUCUUGCUCUGUCUUAUAUCAUGGGUUUUUAGUACUUUUUCAUGAAAGCUUAAAAAACCCAUUAAGUUUAACUCCUCCCCCGUACUUCAAAUAUUCUUCCUUUGUUUUCUGCAACUGGGUUUCUGUUUCCAUGGAAAACUACCAACUUUUUGACAACAGUGACCCACAUUUGCCUCCUGGCUUUCGAUUCCAUCCAACCGACGAAGAGCUCAUCACUUACUAUCUUGUUAAGAAGGUUCUUGACAGUAGCUUCACAGGCAGAGCUAUUGCUGAGGUUGAUCUGAACAAAUGUGAACCUUGGGAGCUUCCAGAGAAAGCAAAGAUGGGUGAGAAAGAGUGGUACUUCUUUAGUCUCCGAGACCGAAAGUACCCAACUGGGCUUCGAACAAACAGAGCCACUGAAGCUGGUUACUGGAAAGCAACUGGGAAGGAUAGAGAGAUUUACAGCUCAAGAACUUCUGCACUUGUGGGUAUGAAGAAAACUUUGGUUUUCUAUCGUGGUAGAGCUCCAAAGGGUGAGAAAAGCAACUGGGUCAUGCAUGAAUAUCGCCUUGAAGGGAAACUAUCGUACCAUUACCUCUCCCGAAGCUCCAGGGAUGAGUGGGUGAUCUCCCGUGUGUUUCAAAAGACUGUAGCCAUUGGUGGUGGUGGUAGUGGAAGUAGCAGUAAUGGAAGCAAGAAGAAUCGUCUCUCUUCCACUGCAAAUCUUUGCCAGGAUGUUGGGUCUCCAUCAUCGUCGUCGCUUCCGCCACUGCUCGAUUCGUCUCCCUACACGGUAAAUGACCGAGAGAGUUGCUUUUAUGAGAGCGAAAGCGCAAGGGAGCACGUGCCCUGUUUCUCCACCGUAGCUGCUUCUGCUGCUGCUGCUGCUGCUGUACCUUAUAUGAAUCAUCAGCUCCCAUUGGUUCUUGGGUCAUCUGCUUCGUCGCUCAUCUCUCCUACAGACAACCCUGCACGGUUUGGGAGGUACGAGGGACUCUCGGGGUUCCCAAGCUUGAGAUCUUUGCAGGAAAAUCUACAGUUUCCUUUCUUCUUCUCUCAAGUGGCGCCGGAGGGUGCCAUACCGGUCUCCAACCACCAAAAUGGGCUUAACAUGUGCAGCUCCGGUGUCAAUUGGACAGAAUGUGAACCUCAGAAGAUGGAGACAAGCAGGUUGCCAGUGGGGGCCACCGAGCUUGAUUGCAUGUGGAGUUACUGAUCCCUAAGACAUGAAAGAGAAUUGAGGCAAUGACCCCUCUCUCUG